GCGGCGCGGGCGCAGACCCGGUCCGAUGUGGGGCGCCGCCGAUCGGAAGGCCAGAGCCACGUGCCCCGGGUUCCGGGGAGCUGCGGAGAGGAUGGUGUUUCGGCGGCUGCUUGCAGCUCUGCUGCACAGCUCGCAGCUGGUGGAGCGUCUCUCGGAGUCGUGGCCCAUCCGGCGUGCGGCACAGCUCACGGCCUUCGCGCUGUUGCAGGCCCAGCUGCGCGGUAAGGAGGCGGCCCGGCGCGCUGCCCGCUUCAGAGACGCCUUCAAACAAGAACUGCGCCGCGGCCUCCGGGACCGCCCGGGGUCACCACCAGGUAGCCGGAAGGGCCCGGGCGCAGACCCUUAAGACCGGGCUGGGCUGGGCCGAGGUCGUCCGCCCUCGGUCUGGGCUGUACAUCGGUCUCGGCGCUGCGGGGUCAUUGCGGGCACUGAGCGCGGCUCCGAGUCCUGACUCCGAUUCUCGGCCUACAGAGGUCAUACGCAUUAGAGAACCCAGACCAAACCGACAAUCUCUCUGAAGCUAUGCAAUCGAGUGAUCGUUCAGGCACAGUCUGGAGAAAGACUCUGGAGCCCGACAGAGAUAAAGACCCGUGGACAGAACCACAGCCGGAAAGGGAGCUUGUCCUCUGCAAUCGGGACCAGAACUCUUGAUGGAUGCUGCUGCCUCUGCCCUGAUAGAACACUACUUGCGGGGAAGAUCAUCGAUGAAAAGACAGCCCUGCAGGUGCCAAAUUCUCUGAUUAAAUGUGUGAGCUGA